AUGUUCCAGGACGCCCGGUUAAAGCAACUUGUGGACGACUUCAGCGAAAAGUGGGACAUAAUCGCUGAACAUUUUCCCGAUCGAUCCGAUGUUCAGUGUCAGCAGAGAUGGACCAAAGUGGUUAAUCCGGAAUUGGUCAAAGGGCCAUGGACAAAAGAGGAGGACGAGAAAGUGAUUGAACUCGUUAAUAAAUACGGUGCCAAAAAAUGGACGCUGAUUGCUCGGCAUCUCAAAGGUAGGAUAGGAAAGCAAUGUAGAGAACGGUGGCAUAAUCACCUGAAUCCCAAAAUAAAAAAGAGCGCCUGGACAGAACAGGAGGAUGAAAUUAUUUACCAAGCGCAUCAAAUGUUGGGAAAUCAAUGGGCAAGAAUUGCAAAGCUACUACCGGGCAGGACAGAUAACGCCAUCAAAAACCACUGGAAUUCAACGAUGAGAAGGAAAUAUGAAUCAGAAAACCGGGAGAAUGGAGAUUCGAGGCGAAACAGGCAUAGGAAAAAUGCUAGACAAAGCGAUGGGAACCACUACGCACAUUAUCCGCUUCAGAGGACCCACGGGACUCAGGUGGAUAGAGGUGAUAUUGCUAUGAAGCAGGAGAGCUACGCUGAGAAUAUUUUGAAAACUUUCCGUGAAACUUUUUUGGAGCUUCUAUAUAUGUGUAUUGCUACUAACCAAUUAUUUAUUUUCACAGGAGUUGUACCCCCAAAUUAUGCUCAAAAUACAUUAGUACCUGUCGCAAAUACGCUUACCCUAUCUCGAUCUUCCACACCACCCAUUCUUCGAAGGGGUAAGUCAAGGAGGCGAAGAGAAAGUGCUGAGCAGGUCUCAGAAAACUUGAUUGCAACUGCUCCUAGUACCAGUAGAGUUAUCGAGGACUACGAUUAUUUCUUGGAUGGAGCGAAGCCAACCAUAUUCAGCCCUCUCAGAAAUGGGCCGUCACCCAUAAAACAGCUUCCUUUCAGUCCGUCACAGUUUCUCAACAGUCCAAAUAUCACGAAUCUUCCCUUUGAUGUGACAAUGUCUUCGACCCCAAAAGCUAUGCAUUCAGGAUCGAUUGUUACACCUGUAAAAGAUAAGGGGAGAAUGAACAGGGAUUAUAGUCCUCUGAGUACACCUCGAGGCCUUCCAAUGAAAUCUGAAGCUACAGCUUCGUGUUCUACUUCUGAUGUUAUUUCAACUCCUGGCAAACACUUCAAUAGUGAUACACCGCGGACCCCAACCCCAUUCAAGAAAGCGUUAGCUGACCUCGAGAAGAAGUCUGGGCCCAUUUCCACUCACCCAGACACUCCAUCUUCAAGGCUGGAAGAUAUCACCGAAAUAAUGAAAAAAGACCAAGACAGCUCCCAUUAUGAAACAGACACCAGUGUGGUGGUCACUAAUGAUAGUGGCUAUAUGACUGGCAAAAGAAAAGGUGAUGCAUCAGCUGGUGGCAAAGAGAACAUCCUACCAAACAAGAGGGUGCGUAAAGCUCUGGCACCAUCUUGGGCUUCUUCGUCUUCUCAUAUCAGUUCAUCGGAUAUUUCUUUUGCCAUUGAAACCCCUAGCAGAUCAUUGGGUGAUGACACCUCCAUUUUGUUCUCUACUCCUUCAUCGAUUAUGAAAGACUCUUUGGGAGUAACAGGAUUGAUGGAUUUUCCUCCUCAUUCCGGAUCAUCCAAGCACCCGCUUCCCGCCAGUGCCUCAAACCGAGCUCCCACAGGUCUACGCAGCACCGCAGCCAAGCGAAUCACCUUCGAAGAGCCUCGGCCUAAAGCUCCCAAGCUGGACUACAUGUGGGCAAUGGUAGCAUGUGGUCGAACACGAGAUCAGCUAGAGUUGACUGAACAAGCACAUCUGUUUUUGAAGACGAAAAGUUUAAAACCUCGAUCCCUCAACUUUUAAAGCGCCUUUUGUAUAUAAUUUGGUUGAACAUUCGUUUAAAGAAUGCAGCUGUUUACAAAAUGUAUUGUAGUGCAAAUCUAGUUGGUCUUUUAUACAUAUUAAGACUUCUUUGUUAUAUAUUCCCAGGUUUUAUCUAUCAAACAGGUUAUUGCCUAUUCAUUGAUCUGUAAAUGCUAUGGAUAAAACUCCUUGCACAGUGUGUAUAGUACUAGUCUUAAUUUUAUAAGAUUUUUCGUAUUUUUUCAAUGUAAUAUAUAUAAUUUAUCUAUUUUGAAACACCCUUGAAAAUGUAUGAUAAAACUUAUACUUUUCUCAAUUUUUUUGGUUGACUUCUGAAGUAUUAAGUACUCUACAUAUUUUUUGUCAUAUAUUUUUCUGGGUUAGUUGAAGUAUUUGUAUUUUGUUCAAUCAAUAUGCAAUUGUUUAUUCAAUAUUGUUUGAAUAAUAUUACUAUAUUCGUCAGUUUUGCUUUAAAAGCAUCAGACACAAAUUUAGAAUUGUAUGUUAAUUGUAUAAUUUAUUCGUUUGCUAUUGUGAAAUACCAAAUAAAUGAUUCUACAUC